AUGAUCCUCGAUACACUCGACAUCCCGUACGAAAUACUCGAGGCGAACGACCGCAUCGGUGGGCGCGUCUACACCCACCGCUUUAACGGGGACACAGGUCGAUACGCACCUAUCAACGACCCCGCACGCUACGACUACGUCGAUAUGGGCGCAAUGCGCUUCCCAAACAUUCCAUUCAUGGACCGGGUGUUCGACCUGUUCAAGCGACUCGACAUGAAGAAGGGCGAGCUUCUCAUCGAGUAUAAGUAUUCCGCAGCGAAUACUUUCCAGUUUUUCAACGGUGUACGCCACAACACCUCCAACUCGACGCCCGCAGACGUGGACACCUUCUUUGUCUCGAAAGGCAAAGGUGGCGCUGUCCCCGACGAUUUCGUCGGGAAGGGCGUAGACAAAGUCGCGUCUGAAAUCUUUGAGCCGUACGCCAAGGCGUUCAGGGAAGAGCCUUUCCCCGAGGCGUGGAAGUUGUUGAUGGCGGAGGAUCCAUACUCUACGCGCGGAUACUUAUUGGCGAAGAAGGCGUACCCAGAAACCGUUGUUGAAUGGCUGGAGACUUUUGAGACUGCUACGGGGCUGUAUAACGGUGGUUUUGUGGAGAGUGCGAUGGACGCGAUGGACUUCGGUUCGUCUUCCGCGGUCAGGGAGGCUGGGGUAGGAGAGAAGGAGCUUGACUAUUCGUGGUAUUGCAUUGACGGAGGUAGUGACCAUCUCACCACCAGAAUGGCGCAGAGUGUCAUAGCCGCUCCUGUAACUGGGAUAAGGGUGAGAAAGAUCGAGAGUACACCUUCAGGAGAGAUGAAUGUGGUAUAUCAUACUCACUACGGCAAGACGGUCAAGAAGAGAUACUCACAGGUCAUCACUACGGUUCCUCUGGGAUGCCUCGCCACGAUCGAGAUACCCAAGAACGAUCUCCUCUACAUGCAACGCACGGCGAUUCGUUCAUUGAACUACGACACUUCGACCAAGAUUGCUCUCAAGUUCGAGUCGCGCUGGUGGGAGGAUCCGGCAGUCAUGGGCGACCGGACGAUCAAAGGUGGACGAAGUUCCACCGAUCUCCCCAUCCGCACCUGCGUCUAUCCAUCAUACGGCUUCAAAGCCACCGGAAAGGUUCCAGGCGUCAUACUCGCCAGUUACGCCCAGGCUCAGGAUGCUCAACGCCUCGGUGGGCUCGCCCAGCGAAAGGGCACCGACGCUGACAAGCUCCUCAUCGAUCUCACGCUUCAGAACCUAUCGCAACUUCACGGCGUCCCAAUAGAGAAGUUCGGGCCGCUCGUCGACCACUACGCGUACAACUGGUCAAACAACGAGAACGCUCGUGGCGCGUUCGCGCAGUUUGGGCCCGGCCAGUUCGGUCAGCCGAGGGGCGGGAACAGCAUGUUCGCGAGUAUGAAGGCUCCUGCGGCGAACGGGAAGCUCCAUAUCGCUGGAGAGGCGACGUCGGUGCAUCAUGGAUGGGUGCUGGGGGCCCUGAAUUCGGCGUGGAGAGCCGUAUACAAUGCACUUGGACAGCUCGAGCCGGCGGAGAUGGAGCGCAAGAGGACACUCUUGAAGAGAAUAUGGGGCGUUCCGGAGGAGGAGAGUACAAAGUCAUUGACUGAGUUGGCUGUGCUCGCCCAAUGCAAUCUAUUAUAA